UCCUCUCAUUCACAUUACUCUCUGAUCUUUUGGUAUCCUUUCACAUUGUUGUUCUGUUCGUCUUCCCAUUACGAUUGUUAACUGUGCAACACAACUCACCUAGCUACUGAAGUGAAGUGAGACAUGGCUGAACCUGUGAUCGGUGCUUUUCUCUCUGCUUCUAUUGAUUUCUUGCUUGAAAAGUUCGCUUCUCCUUAUGUUGAGAAGUUCUUCAAGGGAAAUCAAAGUUCUGUUUCUGAGAGGCUUUUCAAGCUGAAGUCAACAUUCGAUUGUCUGGAUGCGGUUCGUUUCGAAGUGGAGAGCAAGAAAAUCAAAAAUCCUGGAGUGGAGAAGUGGCUGGACGAUCUUCUUGAAGCCGUCGAUGAUGCUGAGGACUUCUUUGGCGAUAUUGAGUAUGAUGGUAUGAGACCCAAGAAAGCUGAGUCAAGCAGCAAAGUGAGAAGAAAGACAAGUAAGUUACUUUCUCGUUUCUCCAAACCCUUUAACUCAGCUGAUAGUAAAAGGAACACCAGUAUGGAAAAUAUUCUAAGGAGAUUGGAGUACUUAGCAAAUCAAAUUGCAAACAUGAACAUAGAAAAGAAUGUUGUUGAGGUGAAAUUGUUGCUUGUUAAGACUUCUCUCCCAGAUGAGCCUGAGAUUUAUGGUAGAGAGAGUGACAAGGAUGCUUUAAUGAAGUUAUUGAUGUCAGAUGAUGUGGGUAGUCAAAAUAUAUAUGAAGUCAUUCCCAUAUUGGGAAUGGGUGGGAUUGGAAAAACAACCCUUGCUCAAACCCUUUUCAAUGAUGAAAGAGCGAGGAACAUGUUUGAACCUAAGGUCUGGGUGUACGUUUCUGAUAAAUUUGAUGCCAUGGCUGUGACAAAAACCAUUCUUCAACAAGUGGCUUCGAAUGAUGGUUGCAAUGACAUGGAUUUGAAUUCGCUUCAGGUUAAUUUGGCAAAGAAGUUGAUGGGAAAGAAGUUUUUGAUUGUUCUAGACGAUGCUUGGGAGGAUGAUUAUGUUCAAUGGAAGGAAGUGAUGAAGCCUUUCAACGAUGGAGCAAAAGGCAGCAAAAUAGUAGUGACAACAAGAAAUAGAAGAGUUGCAGAUAGCAUUGGAACUAUUGAUCCACACUAUCUUAAAGAAUUAUCAAAAGAUGAGUGUUGGGAAAUAUUUGCAAAACAUGCUUCUCGGGGAAAUCUUAAUAUGUUUAUUGAGAAUCCAAGAUUGGAAAGUAUUGGCAAAGAAGUUGCUAAGAAAUGUAAUGGCUUACCUUUAGCUGCUAAAGUUCUAGGAGGGCUCUUGAGAUCGACGUUGGAUGCUGAGAGAUGGGAACAAAUAGCAAAGAGUAAUAUUUGGGAGCUGACAGAUAAAAGGAGCAAGAUUCUUCCUGCAGCUUUAGAAGUGAGCUACUGCUAUCUUCCUCCAUACUUAAAAAAGUGUUUUGCUUAUUGUUCAAUAUUCCCAAAAGGCUAUGAAUUUCAAAGAGAAAAGUUGGUCUUAAUAUGGAUGGCAGAAAAUCUUGUGAAGCAUUCUGAGGGGAAUAGAAGAAUGGAAGAAGUUGGCGAUGAGUAUUUCAAUGAUUUAGUAUCUGUGUCAUUUUUUCUAAAGUCCAAGACCAGGAAAGGUGAAUCUCAUUUUGUCAUGCAUGAUCUUAUUGUUGAUUUGGCUAGAACUGUUUCUGGGAAAUACUGUUGUUUAUUAGAGCACAAUGAAGACAUUGCUAAGUUUGAGAAGAAGACACGUCACCUUGGAUAUGAUACAAGACUCUUUCAUCGCGAUGACAAGACAUCUAGUUACGAUUUUGAAGCUACUCAUUUGCGAACUUUUUUAUCAAUAAGUAAACGUCGUAUAUGCACUUCUAAGGAAGUAGUGCACAAUUUGCCGUUGCAGUUGAAAAGUUUGAGAGUUCUAGCUUUUCCUUGUUAUGGUACCACCGAAUUGCCUGGUUUGAUUGGUGAACUAAAACAUCUUCGCUACUUAGAUCUUUCUUAUAACAACAUUGUGAUGUUACCGGAUUCUAUUACUGUGUUAUUCAAUUUACAAACAUUGAAGUUAAAAGGAUGUUGUUUCCUUAAAACUCUGCCUAAAGAUAUGCAUCAUCUCAUUAAUUUGAGGCAUCUUAUUUUGAGUAAUGUUUCGACAAUUGCUUUGGUAGAAAUGCCAACCAAGAUAAGUAAAUUGACGAAUCUCCAAACGCUGACAACAUUUGUUGUGGGAAAGGAGAGUGGCGCUAAAGUAGAAGAGUUGGCAGAACUUCCAAAUCUACGUGGAGAACUUUACAUUAAGAAGUUAGAAAAUGUGGUAAUAGCAUCGGAUCAAGUCAAUGUACUGGGUAAGAAGCAGCUUGAGAAACUGAGUUUGGAAUGGAGUUUUGAUAAUGUUGUUGUUGAUCCAAAACAUGGAGAGGGUGUGCUUGAAAUGCUUGAACCUAACACAAGAUUGAAGCAGAUUGAGAUUGUUUACUACCCAGGCACAAAAUUUCCAAACUGGGUUGGGAAUGAUUCGCUUAGCAACAUUGUCAAAGUAAGGCUUGAACAUUGUAGCCAUUGCUCCAAUUUACCACCACUUGGGCAACUCCCUUUGCUGAAAGAUCUUUACAUUUCAGAUUUUUCUUUGGUAGUGAUGGUGGGUGCUGAGUUCUACGGGAAUAGUUAUGUGAAAAAGCCAUUUUCAUCAUUGGAAUUCUUAAGCUUCAAUUUCAUGUUAUCUUGGGAGCAAUGGGAUUCAAUGCAAACAGAAGAUGCAACAACAUACGGUAAACUCAAAACACUUGAGAUUAGUAAUUGUCCUAAGCUCAUCGGGAAUUUGCCUCGCUUCUUUCCUUCGUUAACAAAGCUUGACAUAAGUGGAACUAGUGAGCAGUUUGUUUUCACUAACACAAGAUUACCAUGUGUUAGAGAAAUAAAUAUUAGUCAUUCAGAAAAUAUAGAGUCAAUGUAUGAUGCAAUAAAGCCAACGAAUCCUUCUUCUACUUCUAUUGGAUGUUUGCCUACCAAUACUCCCAAUCCAUUCUACCAACACCCUCCUCUUCAAUAUCUUUUUUUGCAUAGAUGUGGAUCAUCCUUUAGAUCCCUCCAUAUGGAUUUAUUUCCCAAUCUCAAAUCUCUUGUUCUUAGUGAAUGUUACUAUGUUGAAGCCCUCUCAAUGUCUGAUGGGCAAUGUCACGAACUAACAUUUCUAUCUUCUCUAGAAAUCAGGGAUUGUCGUUGUUUUGUAUCUUUCCCAAAUGGUGGAGUUAUUGCUCCCAAACUUGCUUACUUUAGCAUCAAGUAUUGUCCUAAAUUGAAGUUGUUGCCAGAGAAGAUGGCUUCCCUCUCAUCUUUGAAAACUUUGACAAUAAAAAAUUGUCCGUUGAUAGAGACUUUCCCUUUAGAUGGUCUGCCCAUUAGUAUGUCUAGUCUUGAAAUAUCCUAUCGUCAAUUUUUGAUGAUGAAAUGGAAUGAGCAAACAUUACCCCAUCUUAGGGAUGUUACAAUUCGUGGAGAGGGAGAAGAUAUUGAAUCAUUCCCAGAGGAAGGGCUACUGCCUGCCACUAUUACUUCUCUUGAUAUCGACUACUUUCAAGAACUUAAAAGCCUGGACAAUAAUGGGCUAGGUCAACUCAAAUUCUUGGAAGUACUUACAAUCAGUUUUUGCCGUAAGUUGCACACAUUGUCAGAAGAAGGAUUUCCAACCUCCCUCAGAACAUUGAACAUAGACUGUUGUACUUUGCUAAAGGAAAAGUAUGACCAGAAUGAGGAAUAUUGGAGCAAGAUUAGUCACAUACCCCAAGUUACAUUUCGUUGAGCUUGCAUUUACCAUUCAUAAUUUCCUAUUCAUCCAGACAACAACUUCGGUUGAUUUUAAUUCAGAAUCCUAUUUUUCUGAAAUAUCAAGAUCAUCAAAUUUGAUUUGUAAAUAGCUCCAGAGCUAUGAAGGAAGCCCUUUUGGUGGACCAAUUGAAGUUCACUCAACCAAUGGUGUGCAUGAGCUACCUAAUGCCCAGUUUCCACAAGUUUUAUGUACUCUCACAUUCAUCAGGCCUUAUGUGUACUCAGAAUCUGAGAGUGCGGUUGUGCAUAGAUUGUUUAGAAUCCUACUUUUCUAAUGAAAAAACUAGAUUUGAAUUGCAAAUGGCUGUGGGAGGAAACAUUUUUAAGGAAGCUCUUGACGAGUCCCUCGAUAUGAUUCAGAUUAUGAUGUAGCAUUGUUUGAAAGAAUUUGUUCAACAAAGAUACUUGAAUGUCCUAAUUAGCACAAGUUGAUGUACCCCCAAUUCAUCAGUUGAAUCUAUACAUGGGACAAUAUACUACAACUGACCAAUCUGCCAGCCUUUGCAGUGCAAUUCAUAACUAGAUCAGACGAAAUCUGGGAAAAGCUAUAAGACUGGGACAAUAUUCAAUCUGCAAAGUGGUGGAACAUGCUCCUUGGAAGGCAUGGGAUAUGACAAUGAACUACUACUUUAGGCUGAGGGUAUUCUCUAAUCUAACGAUCAUCAAUGAUUAAGGGAGAUAUUUUGGAAAGGCCGGAAAAAGGUAGCUUCCAUAACAUGAAACAAGCAAUGUUCGUGUUAGAUUGUAAUUUAGUUGUUUUGGUUUUCGUAAAUGUAGGUUUGUUUAGAUUGGUCUUUCAUUUUAUUUUGUAUGCAUUUAGUAAUGUCUAGUUCUUUCUUAUUAUUUUGAUGUUGAGAUUUUUUCUGUCUUUCUGUAAUCUCCAAGUGUCCUGAUUGUUACUAUGGUUUUCCUCCGCCAUAAGUGAGGGUUUUCAAUAAAUUUGGGAGGAGGUCGCUCAUGGACAGGUGACCUUCGUCUCUUCUUAAAAUAAAAUGAAAAUGUUUUAUGGUGUAUGUUGAAAGGCUUAGGAAAAAAAGGGUG